AUGACCGACUCAGGGAAGAUCACCAUCUCCAUCGAUCGUGGGGGUACCUUCACCGAUGUCCAUGCCAUUGUGCCUGGUCGCUCGGAUAUCAUUUUGAAGCUUCUCUCAGUGGACCCUUCACAUUACCAAGAUGCUCCUACUGAGGGUAUUCGCCAAAUCCUAGAGCUCGCAACGGGCGAGUCACAUCCCCGCGGCCAACCGUUGAAGCUCGACCGCAUCGGCUGCCUCCGAAUGGGCACGACUGUCGCGACCAAUGCAUUACUUGAGCGCAAGGGUGCUCGAUCAGUACUAUUUACCACCAAGGGAUUUCGAGAUCUCCUCAAGAUUGGUGACCAGUCCCGCCCAGCUAUCUUCGACCUGUCCAUGGCUCGACCUGGAGUGCUGCCAGAAGACGUCGUCGAAGUCAACGAGCGAGUGGUUCCAUGUCACCCUACCGCUGAUGAGAAUUGCUUCUCUGGUGCUCGUAUUGUGGAAGGUAUCACUGGCGAGAAAUUUCGCGUUGUGCAAGAGCUGGAUUUGGCCCAGGUGCGGACAGAGCUCCAGCGCCUGAAGGAGCAAGGAUAUCAGUCUCUCUCAGUCGCCUUGGUACAUUCAUUUGCCUACCCGGACCAUGAAAACCGGAUUGGGGAGAUUGCAGAGCGAAUGGGAUUCUCUGUUACAUUAUCGUCCAAGCUGCAGCCCAUGAUUAAGAUUGUACCUCGUGGCAUGUCUGCCGCUGCUGAUGCUUACCUCACCCCUGUGAUCAAGACUUAUAUCGACUCCAUCUCAGCCAGCUUUGAAGGUGGUCUGGAGAGCCAGCAAGCAUGUCGAUUUGAAUUCAUGCAAUCUGAUGGUGGACUGGUUGACUUCCGCAAAUUCAGCGGCCUGAAGGCUAUUCUGUCCGGACCCGCUGCUGGAGUGGUUGGAUUUGCAGCAACCAGCUGGGACCCCGUUGAGAAGAUCCCUGUCAUUGGCUUCGAUAUGGGUGGCACAUCUACCGAUGUGUCUCGGUUUGAUGGGCAUUUGGAGCACGUUUUUGGAUCUAAAGUGGCCGGCGUUCUGAUCCAGUCCCCCCAGCUUGAUAUCAACACAGUCGCCGCUGGCGGUGGCUCCAUUCUCGCAUGGCGCAACGGCUUGUUCUACGUUGGGCCUGAGUCUGCCAGUGCUCAUCCUGGCCCCGCAUGCUACCGGAAAGGCGGUCCACUGACUGUGACGGACGCCAACUUGUUCCUAGGCCGAUUGUUACCCGAGUACUUCCCACACAUCUUCGGUCCCAACGAGGAUCAGCCACUCGACACGGAGAUCACAGCACGAAAGUUCCUUGAGCUGACUCAAGAGAUCAACGUUGAGCGUCGGCACCACUUCCAACCAGAGUACACUCCGGAGGAAGUUGCAUUGGGGUUCCUUAAGGUCGCCGACGAGUCAAUGGCCCGGCCAAUCCGCAAUCUCACCGAGGCUCGUGGCUUCGAGACUGCCUCCCACCAUUUAGCCUGCUUCGGCGGCGCGGGUGGCCAACAUGCUUGCUCGGUUGCUGUCUCUUUGGGCAUCUCCCGCAUCAUCAUCCACAAGUAUUCAUCAGUUUUGUCUGCAUACGGACUGGCGCUGGCAGAAGUUGUCAAAGAGUCACAGGAGCCAGUGUCUUCAGAUUACCUUUCUUCUCGUUCAAGUCUGCUUCAACGAUUUGAUAACAUGGCUGCGACUGCAACAACCGAGAUGCAAGGACAGGGAUUCGCCCCGAGUCAGGUGCGGCAUGAACAGUACCUCAACAUGCGUUACGAAGGAUCUGACACCAGUCUCAUGAUCUUGCGACCAGAGGGAUCCUCUGAUUUCCUUGCCGAGUUCCGUGAGCGCCACCGUCGCGAAUUCAAUUUCAACUCUGAGCGAGCCGUGCUGGUUGAUGACAUCCGUGUACGCACGAUUGCCUCUUCAAAGGUCCGCACUGAGCGUAGCCCCCUCCUCCAGCUCAAGGACGCCGAUCUCCACGAUGUGAAGACGCAGCCGGCCAACACAACCUCCGCUUACUUUGAUGGAUAUCCCACGCGCAUUGAUACCCCCGUGUAUCUGCUGGAUCAGUUGGAGAAGCACAGCCGUAUUUAUGGCCCUGCCGUUAUCAUCGAUCAGACACAGACCAUUGUCGUGGCCCCUAACUCUAUUGCAAACCUGCUGGAGACAUGCAUUGUCAUCGACAUUCUGAAGGAUGAUGACCAGACAGUCUUAGCACCCGAGACUCAGACAUCCUCCGAGGUUGAUCCAAUUCGUCUCAGUAUCUUUGGGCACAGAUUCAUGUCUAUUGCCGAGCAGAUGGGACGUACUCUCCAGAAGACUUCAGUGUCUACCAACAUCAAGGAGCGACUAGAUUUCUCUUGUGCCCUGUUCUCACCCGAUGGAGGCCUUGUUGCGAAUGCCCCUCAUGUUCCUGUCCACUUGGGAUCAAUGCAAUUUGCUGUGCGAUACCAGCAUCAAAAGUGGCUGGGCAAUUUGAAGGAUGGUGAUGUCCUUGUGGCAAACCACCCUAGCUGCGGUGGCACCCAUCUCCCCGAUAUCACGGUCAUCACCCCUGUAUUUGAUAGACCCGGCGGCACUGAGAUCAUGUUUUAUGUCGCAUCCCGCGGCCACCACGCCGAUAUUGGCGGCAUCCUGCCCGGUUCCAUGCCCCCCAAGUCAACAGAGCUAUGGCAGGAAGGUGCCGCCAUCGAGGGUGACAAAAUCGUGAGCGACGGAGUUCUCGAUGAAGCCCGUCUGAUCGAGUUGCUUGUCACCAAGCCUUCCCAGUAUCCCGGCUGUUCAGGUGCCCGCUGCAUCAGCGACAACCUGUCCGAUCUCAAGGCCCAAAUCGCCGCCAACACCCGGGGUAUCAGCCUCAUCCAGACUCUCUUCAAUGAGUAUGGUGUCGACACCGUGCAAAAGUACAUGUACGCCAUUCAGGCUACUGCUGAAACGGCCGUUCGCAACCUCCUCAGGGGUCUGCACCAGAAGUUUGGUGGCCAGCCGCUCGAAGCGGUUGAUUACAUGGACGACGGGACACCGAUUCGCCUCAAGGUGACCAUUGAUGGAUCCAACGGAUCUGCCAUUUUCGACUUUGACGGCACAGGACCUGAAGUGUAUGGUAGUUGGAACGCACCCAUCGCUAUCACUCACUCGGCCAUCAUCUAUUGCCUGCGCUGCAUGAUCAAUGCCGAUGUUCCCCUGAACCAGGGCUGUCUGGCCCCAAUUGACAUCCGGGUCCCCUCACCUAGCAUCUUGUCACCAACCAAGAGUGCCGCCGUCGUGGGAGGUAACGUGGUCACCUCGCAGCGCAUCACCGACGUUGUCCUCAAAGCCUUCCGGGCCUGUGCUGCAUCGCAGGGUUGCUGCAACAACCUAACCUUCGGCAUCAACCCCAAGAUUAACACCGAAACUGGAGAGGUGAUCACUCCUGGAUUUGGGUACUAUGAGACAAUUGCAGGCGGCAGCGGUGCUGGUCCUACUUGGAAGGGAGAAUCAGGUGUUCAGGUUCAUAUGACCAACACUCGCAUUACGGAUCCCGAAAUUCUGGAGAAACGGUAUCCGACUCUGCUUCGUCAAUUCACGCUGCGUGAUGGCUCUGGUGGUCGGGGCAGGAAUCCCGGUGGAGAGGGAGUAGUCCGGGACAUCGAGUUCCUCGCUCCAAUGCAGUGCUCCAUCUUGUCUGAGCGUCGUGUGCACCGUCCGUAUGGAUUGGAGGGCGGCAAGGAUGCGCAGCCGGGUCUGAAUCAGUGGAUCACGAAGGAUAUAGAGACUGGGGAGGAGCGACACAUCAAUAUUGGAGGCAAGAAUACUGUUUCGGUGAAGACGCACGAUCGGGUGGUUAUCAUGACUGCCGGUGGUGGUGGAUGGGGCGCGGAGGAGGUGGCUGCUUGA